AUGGAGUUUGAAGAUAUUGUCGACAUGGAUUGGAUGAACUCUCACACCACCACCGAUGAUGAGUCCUUGACUCCCAUUAAAAGCGAAACACUUGAAUUCUCUUCUGACUACUACAAUUACGGAUACAUGGACCCACCGUUCCUUCAAGAGGAAUUUCUACUCGAUCCAUUGUCUGCACCGCCAUCUGCUUCCAUUGAACCAGAUGCUGCCUUGGAUCAUCCUUCUACCCCAUCUGCGCCACUUUCAUCCUCCAAAUCCGAAUUCACCAUGCCUACCACCGAACAGAUUAAACAACUCAUUGAACUGGCCAAACGCCAGUUAGCUUUACGCGAACAAUUCAUGAAGGCCCAACCCGCCAUCACCCCUGAAGAAUCUAAACCCACCGAAGAAAAACCCCAACAACUCAUCCUGCCUCCUCCAUCCACUGAACCCGAAUCCUGUUCAGAAAAGGCAGGCUUGCCACCGUUGACUGCGCCACUGUCAAUUUUCGGCGAAAUGAAUGACGACGACUUGCCGCAAACCAUUGCGCCCGAGUCCCUUAUCAUACCUAAAGAAGAGAAAAGACGCCAAUCUGUGUCUUCCGCGCAUGAUGAUAAUUUGUCUCUCGAACGGUGGGCUGAAUCCGAUGGCAUCGAUCUCAAAAAAUUGACCCCCAAAGAAAGACGACAAUUACGAAACAAAAUUAGCGCAAGGAAUUUCCGCGUGCGAAGGAAAGAAUAUAUUACCACAUUAGAAGCCCAAGUAGACGCUCAUAAAAGAAAUGCGGAUACGUUGCAGAUGCGGUUAGGCAAAAUGGAGGAAGAGAACAAACAACUUCGUUCAGAGGUUGACACGCUCCGACGACAGAAUCAGUUGCUUCUGCAGCAGCAGCAACAACAACAACAAAUCACACCUGCCUCUUCCGAACUCACCCGUGCACCUUCCUCUCCUCGUAUCACUUCCCCUCUACCAAAACCGAAAAACAAAGAUAUCAGCAUGCUUGGCAACAAGGCAAGCGAAACAUAUCGUCAAGACAAUUGUAUCCUCGUAUCCAAUGCUGUCAUGCCCGUUUGGGAUCUCGAUCGUAUCCUGGAACGUCCCGCCGCCACAAUGAAAUCGUCCGCCGUGGCACAUGCACCGGUCGAUCCCUAUCUGCUUGAAAUUGGCGGUUACUUUAUUUUAUCACUUCUCCAUUUAGCUCACGCCACCGCUUUGUCCUCAUUUCCUUCCAAGGUUCCCUCUUCAUCGCCAUCGGUUGACGCCGUUGAUCAAGACGACGAUGCGCCCCUCAUGCCAGACGAUCGCGAUUUUACCAGCCGAUCAGAUUUGAAGAAGAAUGGCGACGAUUUCAAUCCAGGUUACAUGGAAUAUCUGUACGAUACAUUACUUAUGGCAGCCUUGGCUACCAACGUCACCACCCGAUCUUUUUGUUGGUGGGAUACUGCUAGUUAUCAAGGUGUCUGGUAA